UGUGGCACGGGAGGCGUCAAAAGUGAAAGGGUUGACGAGGCCCUGAACAAUUUAAACUGGACACUUCUAACAGAUUCUUAUCGACUAGACGAAACACGGAUUUAGUAGAUUCUUAUCGACUAGACGAAAUACGGAUUGAGUCUUUGACUGCAAAGACAUGGAACCAUCACCCCCUGGCACCUCCCCCCCUUCCCCAGCUACCCCUAAAUCUACCCCAGGCACUAGACCCACCGUGACCCUGCCUAAGUCCACCCCAUCCGUCCCGACCUCUCCGGUCUCAUCUUCCUCCCCUUCUCGUCCUGGUCCCCCUCUCUCUCCUCCCUCGCCCUCCCUCUCCACCCCUCCUGCAUCCCCCCUGCGGCAGCCCAUCAGACCUGUCUCCCAGGCAGGACGAUCCCAGCUCAAUGCUGCCAGCAGGUCAGCUGAGGAGAGGAGGGGGGCUGGUGCUGCUGGAGAUACCCCGGUCAGGCCCCCUACUACCCCUCUACGACAGGCUUCUUUAGCUCAGCCAGAGGAGCCAGAGGAGGAGCUGAGUGUGGAGGAGCUGGAGGAGAGGGCCAAGUCUGGAGACGCCAAAGCCCAGAGUAGGAUUGGCCGGUACUACUUGGCCCUGGCUGAGGAGAGAGAUGAGGAGGUGAACAACUGUACAGCAGUGAGUUGGCUGGUGCAGGCCACCAAACAGGGCCGCAAGGACGCAGUCAAGAUGCUACAGCGCUGCCUAGCAACCAGGAAAGGCAUCACGUCAGAGAACUUUGAGGAGGUGAAGAAGCUGUGUACGGAGACGAGGUUUGAGAGAGGCGUAAGGAAGGCUGCUCUGGUCAUGUACUGGAAGCUCAACCCAGAGAAGAAGAGAAGGGUGGCGGUGUCUGAGAUGCUGGAGAACGUGGAACACGUCAACACUGAGCCAGGUGCCGCUGCCUCCCAGGGCCCAAUAUCCAGCUCCAUGCAGAAACAGAGGAGAGUUCUGGAGAGCCUCGUCACCAGCAAAGCCAGUUGCUAUGACGUGGGUCUAGAUGACUUUGUGGAGAUCACUAAGAAGUACGCUCAGGGCAUCCCCCCCUCUCCCACUAUGGCUGGGGCCGGCGGUGACGAUGACGAUGAUGAAGCUGUGAAGAACCCAGACGACUUGCCCCUUCACCAAAAGGUGUUGAAGUUCCCCCUACACGCCCUGUUGGAGAUCAAGGAGCACCUGAUAAACUGGGCAUCCCGGGCGGGCAUGCAGUGGCUCAGUGCCCUCAUCCCCACGCACCACGUCAACGCUCUCAUCUUCUUCUUCGUCAUCAGCAACCUCACCCUCGACUUCUUCAUCUUCCUCAUCCCCCUGGUGGUCUUCUACCUCUCCUUGUUCUCCAUGGUCAUCUGCACGCUGCGCGUCUUCCAGAACUCCAAAGCGUGGGAGAACUUCCGGGUCCUGACAGACCUGCUGUUACGUUUCGAGCCCGGCCUGGACCUAGAGCAAGCUGAGACUAACUUCAGCUGGACCCACCUGGAGCCCUACCUCUACUUCCUGCUGUCGGUGGUCUUCAUGGUCUUCUCCUUCCCCGUGGCUGACAAGACCUGGAUCACCUGCUCCGAACUGGCCACCGUGGCCCUGUUCUUCACCGUCACCUCCUUCCUCAGCCUCCAAGCCUCCGCUGAGCUCUUCGCCCGCCGCGCCCUGCUCACAGAGGUGUUAUCGGGGGUCUGUGCCCUUACACAACUAUUACCCGAUAGUGUCUGGUUCCUGCGGGUGUUAGGAACAACGUUUGUGACGGUGCCGCUAGGGGAGAUGGUGGCGCUGAACGUGGGCGUGCCGUGUCUUCUAUACGGGCACCUGAUCUACCUGCUGUUCCGCAUGGCCCAGCAGAGGGGCUUCAGGGGCACCUACCUUUGCCUGGUACCCUACAUGGUCUGCUUCGUCUGGUGUGAGCUGUGCCUGGCCCUGCUCCACUUCUCCUCCACAAUCGGUCUGAUUCGGACCUGUGUGGGCUACCUCCUCUUCCUGUUCGCCCUGCCUGUCCUCACCUUGGGCUUGGCGACCAUGUUGCUCUUCCGGGUCCUCCAGUGGUUCAUGGCUCUGGAGGUCACCAAGAUGCUGGUGACUCUGACCGUGUGCGCAGUCCCGGUGGUGUUGCGGUUGUGGACGCGGUUCAGCCUGAACCCGCUGGUGGUGGUGCGGUCCCUGUCGCGGAGCAGCGUGGUAAAGCUCAUCCUGGUGUGGCUAAGUGCUGUGGUGAUGUUCUGCUGGAUGUACGUCUACCGCUCAGAAGGCAUGAAGGUGUAUAACUCCACCCUCACGUGGCCGGAGUACAGUAACCUGUGUGGGCCCAAGGCCUGGAAGGAAUACAACAUGGCCCAAACCCAGAUCCUGUGUUCUCACCUGGAGGGCCACCGGGUCACCUGGACAGGACGCUUCAAAUACGCCCGCAUCACCGACAUCGAGAACGGAGCCCAGUCCGUCAUCGGCCUACUUCCUGCGUUCGUAGGGAAUUGGAUGAGAUGUAUCUAUGGUGAGCCCUAUCCACUCUGUGAAAACACCACCGACCCCACUGCCCCUCCCCAGCUCCUCCCUGCACCCCUUCCAGAAGACCCCUUAUGCAAACUGAAAAAGCUGGCCAAGCACGAGUGCCACAUGAAGCGCUUUGACCGCUACAAGUUCGAGGUGACCUUGGGCAUGCCCCUGGAAAGGAAGAGUAAGAACGGGACCAUCAUAGAGGACGAAGACGCCACCAAGGACAUCGUCCUGAGGGCCAGUAAUGAGUUUGGCCCUGUGCUCCUGCACCUGAGCGCUGGGAGCCUGGUAGAGUUCAGUACGGUUCUAGAAGGACGCCUGGGCUCCAAGUGGCCUGUGUUUGAGCUGAAGGCUAUCCACUGUCUGACGUGUGCAGACGCCCGCAUGCCCAGCGGCAGGCAGUACAAGAUAGAACACGACUGGAGGCGCUCGGCCCAGGGGGCACUGCAGUUUGCCUUCGACUUCUUCUUUAACCCCUUACUCACCGCACGACUGGAGCAGGACGCUGAGACACAGACACACAGGGCAGAGGAGGAAUGGACCAAGGGUAGUGGUGGAUAAAUGUAGAGGAGUGUACAUUAUGAGGAGUGUAUAAGUGUACACUAUGAGGAGUGUAUAAGUGUACACUGAGAGAACUGAUUUCAGUAUGGAUUGUAAGUAAUGCAUUAUGUCGAGCACUAUUAGGAGUGUAUGGGAAUGUACCGGUACAUACAAUCACAUAAAGGUUUGUCAGUAAAUCUGGUUCUGCAGGGUGUUUUCCACUCCACUGUACUGGAGUUGCAGGACCGAUGUUCAACUGCUUG